AUGAUGCUGGAUAUCAACAACAUGCGGAAGGACUGGAAAUCGGCUUCCACAAGACGAGUUGAAGCUGUCCAGCGAGCCCGUAUUUCACAGAAUCGCCAGCCAGAACCAGUCCGGCGUUUCCCCGGCGAUGUGCGGCCUGUCGGCAUUCCGUCCGACAGCCCAGUGGCGAUGUUCGCCCAGAGCUCCAACACCGGAAAGACACGAAUGAAAGACGACUUACCGGCGGCUGCGGACACUGGGGCGGAGCUCGGAGGCUACGACGCGGGCGAGAAGCAGAAAGAAGUUGCUCCAUUGCUUAUGAAGAACACGUAUUUGGCCCUUGAUCAGUCAAAACUGCCACUCGAGAUCUUUAAUGGUGUCGAGGACACAGAUGCGAACGGUGUCCAGACUUCCUGGCUGGAGUCUGGAAGUGGUGCAAUGGCCCCGUUCUAUGUAGGCGAUGAGUGGCAGUGGAGGCGCUGCUCCGUUCUGUCAUACGAUUCAACCACCAAUAAGUAUCGAGUGAAGUUCACCCCCAAUGGGCUCGAAAAGGAGGUGAAACGUUUCAAUCUGCUUUUCGACGCUGAAAACAGAGACGCGUGGCAAUCCUGCCGUGAGGCCGCGAAAGCCUCGCGGGAUGAUGCGAAGAAACGCCUUCGCUUUGACUAUUUUGUGUCGCAACAACCAAUGGAAGAAGUCAGAGCAGUUCAGGGCUCAACAAUACGAGGCAUCCAUGAAAAAGUCGCUGAUGGUUUGCCAUUGGAUGUAGCGUUUCCGCAGCAAGGAACACAAUUGGGCAACCUACUCCGCGGCUUAACAAAAGAAGUUAUCCAACAGCACACAAGAUCGAUGAAGAAGAGCAUCCUGUUCUACAAGUUGGAGCACUCGAAGGUUGAAAAAGAACGCUUUACUAGUCUCGGACUACCCCCGGUACCUGAAGCGAGCCCUAUACCCUGGUCAGCAAAGAUCAGCAUCCCAGGGCACCCGUACAUUGACAGGCGAAAGGCGAUGGGCAACAUCCACUACAGCAGCUUGCCCGAGGUUCUUCAAGCCUUCCUUUGGCUUUACGAAGUGUGGGAAGGAGUGUUCUUGGAGGAGAGGUUCAUGGACACUGAGCUCAAGUCUCUAGAGUUUCCGUGCAACGUUGACGAAUUUUGCAAGAUCCAGUCAAAGUGCUGCACACGCCUUGGAGAGCGUCUGGCGCAGGAUUGGCGGCGUGCUUUCUCGGAGCAGCUGGUCGAUUCUGUUCAAGACAUUUACGAUUUCUUCCAAAGCGAUGCUCGUCUGUUCACCUUGUCAUCGCUGUAUCGUCUCUUGAAGCAUUUGGAGCUCCGGAUGAACUCUCAGCUGAGGGUAUCGUUCAUUGAAUCGCUGCUGGCAUGGCGACGGUUUGUGGGAAAGCACACUCCUGACUCGGUGGAGGUCAACACUGAAGCCGCCGGUAGCGUGCCGCUGUUCGAUGUCCGGCUCAAGGUCGUUACGAAAGGCAGGGGUAACUACGGCGUGUCAAUCGUGCCUGGCCGCCCGGAAAUCGAGAGCGCUCUCAUACAAAUCGUGGAUGAUGUGGUCACAGCGAUCAAGGGUUUGGCCACCAUCGAUGCGGACCUCAUGUCUCUUUUGCAUCUUAGUCCUCGACCAAUUUUCAACAUCGGGGCCAACGACGGCACAUACGUGGAGGAAGAAUCGGCACUGGACGAGACAAAGCACUACACCCGAGAACGGGUAGCUCGAGGAAUGGAAGGUGCCGUGCAACUAGCAGCGAAGUACGGCAAGUACUGCCACCUGAUGGCUAUCGACACCGAAGAGUUCGUGUACUCGUUCACGGAGGCAACACCAGCCCCUACCGAUGAGGAGUACUUCGCCAAAGUCCGCGAGCUCCACGACGCGUCCGUGGCAAUCGGGAGCUGCUCGCUGACGUGUGAGUUGUUCAGACUCGUUCGCGUGGACACCUCUGAGGCGACAAAGGUGCUGAUGGAAAAAGCGCUGGAGGUGAGGGAUGCUUUGCUCGAAUCCCUCGUGUCGAAAGCGCGGGAGCAAAACAACGACAUCAUAUCUCGCUAUAAUGCAAUCCUGUCAAGAAUCGCGGAGAAACCUGCCAACGAGGCGGACCUGGCUGCGCUUCGCGCGUUCAUUGCGGAUUCCAAAGAGACGGUAUCCUCUCUGAUUCUGGAGGUCCAGAGAGUACACGCCCGCCUCGGAACAUUAGGCGACUUCAACUACCGCGUGUCGGAAGAGGACAUCCGCCUCUCCUGGAAAACGAUGGACUACCCUACGAUGGUCGAUCUUGCCGCAAACAAAGCCGAGGAGGCUUUGGAGCUCGACAAGGUGCGGAUGAUGGACAAGUUGGCCCUAGAGAUGGAGACGUUCGAAGAAAUUCUGGAGCGGUUUGAGGUGGACGUCGCUCAAGCCAAGCAGUGUGGCGACUACUCUCAAAUGGAAACAACCACCGACUACGUGAACAGCAUCCAGGACGCCAUUAACGACGCCAAGGCUAAGGCUGAGGACUUUAAUUCGCGAGAAAAGGUCUUCGGCUUUCCCCCGACGGAGUACCACAUGCUUGGAAAAGUCGAAGAGGAACUGGAACCUUUCUUUAAGCUAUGGAACAUGAUCUCGGACUUCCACGCUAGUCGAAAGGAGUGGCUUCACGGCUCUUUUCUCGAUCUUAACGGCGCCGAUAUCGAGCGCGAUGUCACGGACUGGUGGAAGAGUUCCUAUCGCUUAAGCAAAUCGCUGGAGGAUGAGUUCCCGGCCGCUGCUGAGUGUGCCGCUCAACUGAGAGAGGAUACUACUGCUUUCCGGGAGCACCUUCCCGUUAUUCAGGCCCUGGCCAGUCCGGCGUUGAAAUCGCGACACUGGGAGACGUUGAGCGAGAAGACCGGAAGCACCAUCGAGCCUGACGAGGAGUUGACGUUGCAGCAGCUGGUAGACACAAACGUUGGGCAGCACAUCGAGACAAUCCACGAGGUAUGCGUCGCUGCGGAGAAGGAGUACGGGUUGGAGAAGGCACUGGCAGCUAUGAAGGAGGAGUGGGCGAGCUUGGAGUUCGAGGUGCGACCGUACAAGGAGACGGGGACCUUCCUCGUGUCCGGCGUCGACGAGAUUGUCACGCUCCUCGACGACCACAUCGUCAAGACCCAGACCAUGCGAGGAUCUCCGUACAUCCUACCCAUUGAAGCUGAAUGCAAGGCAUGGGAGUUUCGCCUCAAGUAUGCCCAAGGUCUUGUGGACGAGUGGAUCAGCUGCCAAAGGACUUGGUUGUACCUAGAGCCGAUUUUUUCAUCGGAGGACAUCAUGCGACAACUUCCCACCGAGGCCCGAAGAUUCAACAGCGUCGACCAGCUGUGGAAAAAGACCAUGGAAGAAACGAACAAGGACCCCAACUUCAUGGCCCAAGCAGACGUCGACAAGAAAUUGGAAGAGAAGUUCAAGGCGGCCAACCAAAAGCUAGAAGAAAUCCAAAAGGGAUUGAGCGACUACCUGGAGAUGAAGCGGUUGUACUUUCCAAGGUUUUUCUUCUUGUCGAACGACGAGUUGCUAGAAAUCCUAUCACAGACGAAAGAACCGCGCGCUGUCCAGCCACACCUGAACAAGGCCUUUGAGGGAAUCGCCAAAUGCAAAUUCGAGGAGGAUCUCAAGAUCACAGAGAUGGUGUCCGCUGAAGGGGAGACAGUCGUGCUGGACAGUGCGGUGGACCCGGAAAGUGCGGCCAAUAAGGGGAAUGUUGAGCGGUGGCUCUUGGAACUGGAGGCCAUGCAAUGGCAGUCGGUCAGAACACAGGUCACCUUGUCGCUUAACGAGUACCCCACAAUUCCACGAGAGGAGUGGGUCCUCAACUGGCCGGCGCAAGCGGUUCUUGGGGUCAGCCAGGUGUUCUGGACCCAGGAUGUAGCGACAUCGAUCAAAAACGGCGGAGUGAAGGGACUCGAAGAACUGGUUCAAUCGCUCAACCAACAGCUGCGCAGCAUUACUGUGCUCGUGCGAGGGCGUCUUUCGAGCUUAGAGAGGAAAACUUUGGGAGCACUGUGCACCAUCGAUGUCCACGCCAGAGACACGAUCGUUAAAAUGAUCGAAGCCGGAGUGUCACACGAGGAUGACUUCGACUGGAUGAGCCAGCUUCGGUAUUACUGGGUGGAAGCGUGGAAAGACGGUCAAGCCGUCAAGAAGGGGGACAGCACUCUCGUGGCUCGCAUCGUGAACGCCAAGUGCUUGUACGGAUAUGAGUACUUGGGCAACACGAUGCGGCUUGUCAUCACGCCUCUGACAGAUCGAUGCUACCGAACAAUGAUCGGUGCCAUCGACUUGCUUUACGGGGGAGCUCCUGAGGGCCCAGCGGGAACUGGAAAGACCGAAACUGUGAAGGACCUGUCGAAAGCAGUUGCCAUUCAGUGUGUUGUGUUCAACUGCUCUGACGGAUUAGACUACCUGGCUAUGGCCAAGUUCUUCAAGGGCUUGGCUGGUUGCGGCUCUUGGUGCUGCUUCGACGAGUUUAACCGCAUCAACAUAGAGGUUCUCAGUGUGAUCGCGCAACAGAUCUUGACCAUCAAUAAGGCGAAGAAGGCAGGCGUGGAGAAGUUCCACUUCGAAGGAACCUUCAUGAAGAUCAACAGCAACGCCAAUGCUUUCAUUACCAUGAACCCUGGGUACGCCGGCCGAGCGGAGCUCCCAGACAACCUCAAGGCCUUAUUUCGGCCCUGCGCCAUGAUGGUUCCCGACUACUCUCUGAUAUCGGAGAUUCGGCUCUACUCCUUCGGCUUCGAAGACGCGCGAGAGAACGCGCAGAAGCUAGUUCGGGUUCUCCAGCUGUGCUCUGAACAACUCUCGAGUCAAAAGCACUACGACUACGGGAUGCGCGCAGUCAACUCCAUCCUGGUGGCCGCCGGAAAUCUUCGCCAGCAACUAGGUGAUGACCCAAGCUGGACCGAAGCCCGACUCGUUCUCAGGUCUGUCAACGACAUCAACCUUCCCAAGUUUACCGUCGAAGACUUGCCGCUGUUCAAGGGGAUCACGAGCGACCUGUUCCCUGGUGUGGAACUCGGCGAAUCAGAUCAUGGGCCUCUCCUGCAGGGUAUCGAUUCCGUGUGCGAGGAGGGCAUCACCAUUUCUCCGGGACAACUUCUGAAGCUGAUGCCGAAGCCAUCAUGGAGGAAGAAGGUCAUCCAGCUCUACGAAAUGGUUCUUGUGCGGCACGGGGUUAUGAUCGUCGGUCAAACCGGCUCUGGGAAGACCACAACAGUCCACACGCUCGCCCAAGCCAUGUCUCGGUGCUCCGACGAGGGUUCUACGGACUUUGCUCGAGUCCAGGUGCACACAAUGAACCCCAAGUCGAUAUCCAGCGGGCAGCUGUACGGGAACUUCGACGACAGCACGCACGAGUGGAGCGAUGGAAUCUUGGCCGUGAUAUACCGCAACUGCUCAAAAGACCCAUCUCCCGAUCGUAAAUGGCUGAUGUUCGACGGGCCGGUGGAUGCUGUGUGGAUCGAGAAUAUGAACACUGUGUUGGAUGACAACAAAAAGCUCUGUCUUAUGAGUGGCGAGAUUGUCAAGAUGAGUGACUCCAUGACGAUGAUGUUCGAAGCUGAGGAUCUCGAACAGGCAUCUCCGGCGACCGUUAGUCGCGUUGGCAUGAUAUUCUGCGAGAUUCGGAACCUCGAUUGGCAGCCUUUGCGGGAUGUGUGGCUUCUCAGCUUACCUGUUACGUUUGAAGAGCAUCGCCCGCUCAUCGUGGGUCUCUUCGACUGGCUUUUCCCGGCUGCACUUUACUUCGUGCAAAAGCAAUGCGUGAUUCCUACGCCAGUCACGGGCCAGGAGCUCGCGGCGUCACUCAUUCGGCUUGUGGGUGUCCUGCUGGACUCGCCUGACGGAUUUGCGUCGGACAUGACCAAGGUUCUGGAGUGCAUCUUCGUUAAGGCCUUGAUCUGGUCUGUAGGAUCUUGCGUGGACAGCAAGGGCAGGCAGAUGUUCGGAGAGUAUCUCCGGAUGGUCAUGGAGGACAAGGGCCUGGAAGAAAGCGAAGCCCACCAAGACUUCCUACUAAAGAACAGAUCGUGGGUCGCACGCGAUAGGCCAAUCGCUCUCCUUCCCCCAGAUGACGGCAGACUGCUCUACGACUUCCGCUUUGACGCCAAGAAGGGGCAGUGGCAGCCGUGGCUCGAUGCGGCCGACAAGUUUGUCAUUCCUCGCGACGCGACCUUCAACAGCAUUGUGGUUCCGACGAUGGAUACAGUGCGAAACGAGUAUCUCAUUCACAGCUUGGUUGUCCAUGGUCAUCACGUGCUGUGCACGGGUGAUACCGGCACGGGAAAGUCGGUAACAGCGAAGAAGAAACUCCUGUUUGGCAUGGGACCAAAGUUCAGCUCGAUCAUGCUGAAUUUUUCCGCACAGACCUCCGCGAACCAGACCCAAGACACGAUCGAUUCGAAGCUCGACAAACGUCGCAAGGGCGUGCUUGGCCCUCCGUUAGGGAUGACAUGUGUCAUUUUCGUCGACGACCUCAACAUGCCCGCUAAGGAGACGUACGGCGCACAGCCACCGAUCGAAAUUUUGCGGCAGUGGAUGGACCAUGGAGGAUGGUACGAUCGCAAGGAGAAUACGUUCCGCCAACUUGUCGACGUCCAGUUUGUCGCUGCUAUGGGUCCGCCGGGUGGAGGACGCACGAGCAUCACCCAACGCUACGUACGUCAUUUCAAUCUCCUCAACUUCGUGCCAUUCAGCAACGAGUCGCUACAGCGGGUUUUCGGCACGAUAUUGGAAUGGUUCCUUCAGCGCGGUUUUAACUCUGCCGUCAAGCAGAUUGCUGCAAACAUGGUGGCGGCUACGCUCGACAUCUACAACACGAUCGCCGACAACCUCCUGCCGACACCCGCUAAGAGCCACUACACUUUCAACCUGCGGGAUCUCUCCAAGGUGUUUCAGGGAGUGCUCCAGGGUAGCGCAAACCUCAUCUCCGAGAAGGAGCAGUUCGUUCGCCUGUGGAGCCACGAGUGUUUGCGUAUCUUCCAUGACCGGCUGGUGGAUGACAGCGACAGGGUUUGGUUCAACCACAUGCUAGAGGAGAAGGUGAAAGCGCACUUCGGGCUGGACUAUGAAAACCGGGUUCGGGGGAAGAAUGAGGUUCUUCUGUACGGAAACUUCAGCGACCCGAAGGGUGGAAAGGUGUACCAGGAGAUGGAGGACCAAGAGACCCUCGUGAAAACAAUGGAAGACUACCUCGAAGACCACAACGCCAUGACAAGCAAGCCAAUGUCUCUGGUGUUGUUCCAGAACGCGAUUGAGCAUGUGGCACGCAUCAGCAGGAUCAUCUGCCAGCCGAUGGGCAACGCGCUUCUGGUCGGCGUUGGGGGCUCCGGACGCAAGUCUCUCACCAUCCUUGCUGUAUCGGUUGCCGACUACAAGUUGUUCCAGAUCGAGAUCUCCAAAUCUUACGGCAUGGUAGAAUGGCGAGAAGACCUGAGGAAGGUUUUGACCAUGGCGGGCGCCGACAACAGGGCCACGGUGUUCUUGUUGGACGAUACCCAGCUGAUCAACGAGGCAUUUUUGGAAGAUGUGAACGGCAUUCUGAACACUGGUGAAGUGCCAAGUCUUUUCAACAAUGAGGAGAUGGUGGCUAUCAACGAGGCCCUCACAAAGCCUGCGCAGGCGGCGGGAAUCAACACGGGGUCUCCGAGUGAGGUCUACGCCUUCUUCAUUGAGCGAGCGCGAACAAAUCUGCACGUGGUUCUAUGCCUCAGCCCCAUCGGGGAUGCCUUCCGAACGCGGUUAAGGAUGUUCCCUUCGCUGGUGAACUGUUGCACCAUCGAUUGGUUCAUAGCGUGGCCACAGGAGGCUCUGAAAAGUGUCGCACGACAUUUUCUGGACGCUGUGGACAUGGAAGAGACGAUCAAGGCGGGCGUGGUGGACGUAUGUGUCGACAUGCAACAGAGAGCCCGGGAAAUGGCCGAGAGAUAUCGGAGUGAAAUGGGUCGCUUUUACUACGUCACUCCAACGUCGUACUUGGAGUUGAUCAACACUUUUAAGAAUCUGUUGCAUCGGCAGAGAAAGAGCGUGCAAGAUCGGAAGGAGCGUUACGACAACGGCCUCCUGAAGCUAGCUGACACGGAAGAGCAGGUGGCUCAAAUGCAGAUUGAUCUUGAGCAGCUUCAGCCCAAACUCAAGGAGGCCACCAUUGCUACCGACGCCCUUUUGGUCCAGAUUGCUAAAGACACGGAGGUGGCCAACGAAAAAAAGGCGGUUGUCGAGAAAGAGGAAGUAAUCUGCAACAAGCAAGCAGAGGAAUCGAGGGCUCUCAAAGCUUCGUGUGAAACGGAUCUCGCCGAAGCUCUUCCUGCGCUGGAAUCAGCGGUUUCUGCCCUGAAGAGCUUGUCAAAGGGUGACAUCGUGGAGGUCAAAGCAAUGAAGAAGCCCCCAGCCGCCGUGAAACUCGUGAUGGAGGCUGUCUGUAUCAUGAUGGGUGUCAAACCAGACAAGAUCAAGGACCCAAAUGGAGGCACCAAGAAAGUUGACGACUACUGGGGACCAGCCCAAAAGAACCUACUAGGUGACUCGCGCUUCCUCCAAAACCUCAUGGACUACGACAAGGACAACAUGGACUCAGCAAUGGUCGAAAAGGUAAAGACGGGUUACACGGACGACACGGACUUCGACCCCGACAAGGUGAAGAAGGGCUCGGUAGCUGCGGCAGGGCUCUGCAAGUGGGUGCACGCGAUGGUGGUCUACAAUCGGGUCGCUAAGGUGGUGGGGCCCAAGAGAGCGGCUCUUGCGGAGGCUGAAUCUACUUUGGCACAGGCGAUGUCGGAUCUGGGCGAGAAGCAGGCUAUGCUCAAGGAUCUGAUGGACAAGCUCGCCACGCUUCAGCAGCAGCUGCAGGAAGCGGAGGAUAAGAAGGUUGCUCUGCAAGAUCAGGUAACUGACUGCGGCAACAAGCUUCGGCGAGCGGAACAGCUCAUAUCAGGUCUAGGCGGAGAAAAAACAGCCUGGGCUAGGUUCUCCGGAGAGCUUCAAAACCGAUACGAAAAUGUCACAGGUGACAUCACGCUGUCUUCCGGUGUCAUUGCCUACAUGGGGGCCUUCACAUCGUCGUUCCGAGAACAGGCCAUUUCACAAUGGGCCAGGUUACUGGGGGCCAAGAACAUCCCAUGCAGUGAAAACUUCAAACUUGAGACAACGUUGGGCGACGCUGUCAAGAUUCGUGGGUGGGUAAUUGACAAGCUCCCGAACGAUAGCUUCAGCAUUGAUAAUGCCAUCAUGUUGUUCGAGAGCAACCGCUGGCCGCUCAUGAUCGAUCCCCAAGGACAAGCCAACAAGUGGGUGAAGAAGAGAGAAAUGGACAACCAGCUCAAGGUGGUGAAGCAGAACCAGGCAAACUUUGUACGGACCAUCGAGAACGCGAUUCAGUUUGGGUCUCCGAUCCUGCUGGAAAACGUCCCCGAGAGUCUGGACCCAGUUCUUGAACCCGUGUUGUUGAAGCAAGUGGUGACUGUGGGCGGUAUUUCUUCAAUUCGCAUGGGUGACAACAACGUCGAGUACGACCCGAAUUUCCGCCUCUACAUCAGUACGAAGAUGACGAAUCCUCACUACCCUCCGGAGCUAUGCGUGAAGGUGAAUCUCCUCAACUUCAUGGCAACACAAGAAGGUUUGGAGGACCAGAUGCUUGGCAUAACGGUCGCGCGAGAGGAGUCGGAGUUAGAAGCCCGCCGGGAACAACUCGUCCUGGAAGACGCUGAGAACAAGCGCGUACAGAAGGAGAUUGAGGACACAAUCCUCGAUUUGCUGAAAAACAGCGAAGGCAACAUCCUGGACGACGAGGUGUUGAUAUCGACGCUGGCACAGUCGAAGGUCACAUCGAAUGUCAUAGAACGGAAGGUGAAAGAAGCUGCCAAGACACAAGAGAUAAUCGCCAAGACGAGGACUGGCUAUAUUCCAAUUGCCUUCCGGGCUUCACAGCUCUUCUUCUGCAUAGCAGAUCUUGGCACCGUGGACCCGAUGUAUCAGUACUCGCUUGAGUGGUUCAUCAACCUUUUCGAGAUGGCGAUCGACAAGGCAACCAAGGCGCACGUUCUUGAAGACCGCCUGAGAAAUCUCAGCGAGUGCUUCACGGCGAUGCUUUACAAGAACGUGUGCCGGAGCUUGUUCGAGAAGCACAAGCUUCUGUUUUCCUUCCUUUUGUCGGUCAAGAUCAUGCAAGGAGAAGAACGCAUGGAUGGCGAGGAACUUCGUUUUUUCUUGCAAGGCGCGACAAGUCUCGACCUCGAAGAGCCAAACCCACUCGCCAACGGCGAAGGCUGGUUGACGGACAAGACAUGGGGUGAAAUCAUCGCUGCUGGCAAGCUUGAGGCCAUGUCUGGCUUCUCGGAAAGCUUCAAGUCAAACUUGAGCGUGUGGGAGGGAGUGUUCGUCUCUUCCGACCCAUUGGCUGAGAUCGAGGAGGUUGUGGGCGAUGCCUAUCAACCUUUCCAGAAGCUGUGCCUGCUUCGUGCUAUUCGACCAGACAUCGUCGUUCCGGGCGUGCAAAAGUUUGUGGCACAGGAGAUGGGCACCAGCUUCAUCGAGCCUCCACCUUUCGACCUGAGGGCGUGCUAUGAGGACUCGACAUGCUCCACACCAUUGAUCUUCGUUCUUACUCCGGGAGCGGACCCUAUGACCGAGCUGCUGAGGGUGGCCGACGAAAUGGGAUUCGGAGGGAAAAAGUUGGCAUCCAUCAGUCUUGGCCAAGGACAAGGGCCUCUGGCAGAAGCGGCCAUCUCGGAGGCAGCGGAUGCCGGCACGUGGGUAUGCCUCCAAAAUUGCCAUCUGUGCAUAUCGUGGAUGCCUACCCUGGAAAGACUGUGCCAAGAGCUAACACCCGACCGGGUACACGAGACCUUCCGCCUGUGGCUAACGUCCGAACCGAGCCCCCAUUUCCCUUCUUUCAUUCUUCAGAACGGAGUGAAGAUGACAAACGAGCCCCCCAAGGGCAUGAGGGCGAACCUGCUGGGGUCCUUUUACAACAUCGAGAGCGAUUGGUUCGACACCUGUCUGCGUCCCGCCGUGUUCAAGAAGAUGCUGUUCGGCCUGACGUUCUUCCACGCUACUGUUCGUGAACGAAGAAAGUUUGGACCCCUGGGGUGGAAUAUUCAGUACGUUUUCUCGGGUCCAGAUCUACGUAUUUCCAUGGAUCAGCUCCGGAUCUUCCUAGAUAAUCUUCGACCGCAGGACCCAGUCCCGUAUGCUGCUCUCGCGUACCUUGCCGGCGAGUGUAACUACGGCGGGCGCGUCACCGACGACAAGGAUAGACGGUGCCUUGUCAACAUUUUGACAGAUUUCUACUGCGAAGACAUACAAGACGAUGACUACCGCUUCAGCCCAAGCGGCACGUACUUUGCUCCUAAGGUGGGAUCCAAGGACGACUUCGUGGAGUACAUCAAGGGCCUUCCGUACAACGAAGGCCCUGAGGUCUUCGGUCUACACGCCAACGCGAACAUGUCAUGCGCUCUAUCGGAAACGAAUUCGUUGCUGGACACCGCUUUGAGCUUGCAGCCGCGGUCGGCUGGGGGGGGGGCGAAGUCUUGGGAUGCCACUCUGAGCGAGCUGGCAGAGGACAUUUUGUCACGCAUGCCGCCGGUUUUCGAUGUUGAACGUGCCCUUCUCGACUUCCCGGUUCGAUACGACGAGUCUAUGAACACGGUGUUGACGCAAGAGCUCAUUCGGUUCAAUGGUCUGUCGAGAAUAAUUUCCAAGUCGCUCGCGGAAGUGAUCAAGGCAAUCAAGGGGCUAGUGGUGAUGAGCAGCGAGCUGGAGCAAAUGGGAAACUCAAUGGUCGUCGGAAAGGUUCCUCUGCUGUGGAGUUCCGCCGCAUACCCAAGCCUGAUGCCACUUGGGUCAUGGGUUACAGAUCUCCUCCUUCGGUUGGAUUUCCUGGGAUCAUGGAUGAAGAAUGGCAUCGCUCCGACCGUUUUCUGGUUGAGUGGGUUUUUCUUCACGCAAGCGUUCAUCACGGGAACUUUGCAGAACUUCGCCCGGAAGCACAAGGUGCCUAUCGACAAGGCCAACUUCGAUUUCCGAGUGCUGACACCGCUUGAGAUGAAAGAAGCGGACACAACGAAAGCAGAAGACGGAGCCUUCAUGCGGGGGCUCUUUAUCGAGGGCGCAAGAUGGAACGUAGCUCGUCACGCCAUCGACGAAUCUCGACCACGUGAACUGUUUGUGAGCAUGCCGUACAUGCAGCUUCUUCCACGAAUGAAGACGGAUAUUCCGGAAGUAGAGGGGUGUCCGGAGCUGUACACAGGACAACCGGGUGGAACUUCGCACUCGUACAUGUGUCCAGUUUACAAGACGUCUGUCCGCCAAGGAACGCUCAGCACCACUGGGCACUCAACCAAUUUCGUCAUGUUCAUCACUCUGCCUCUUGCCGAGGAGCACACACAAAAGCAUUGGAUCAAGCGCGGGGUCGCCAUGCUGACGCAACUGGACGAUUGAGUGCGGGCGCGGUGUGUAGUUGAUUGUGGCUACGGGAAGCUCAUGUAAAUGGUGCGGAUGAACAGUUGGCACCAGCAAUAUUGAUAGGUUUGGUCAUGCGCGAGUUCUCGGCGCAGCCAGGACCCGUCGUUGAUCGCGGCUAUUCUAAUAAAUAGCGUACGUGCUUGGUCAUUGGGUAGCGUGGUCUGGAAACCAAUGUAGGAAAAGUACACCCCAAAACUGGGUUGAGACAGCCUUGGUGGAAACCAAAUUAACGAAACUCCAACCGGGCGGAUGCCGCCUUGUUCUGCUACGUGGAGACAAAGAGGUACGCUGACACUUUAUACAGACGGCUUGGCAUGCUGGGUGUGCUUUCAUGCGUGUAAAGUAGCUGCAAUGGGGGCUGUUGCAGUAUUAUUCUGGGCGCAUUCAAAUUCUCACCGUGUUACCUACUACGUGCGAACAUGUUGCUACGUAAAGCUGAUUAUGCUUGCGAGGGCUCCCUGUACUAGAUAGAGAAGGCUGGAUGAAUUUUGUCGCGAUGACAAUGAACGAACGAGCCGUAGGAGUCUCGAACGCCCAUCAUGUAUUCAUUUGCGGUCUGUUUAUUGCGCGUGUUUUGUUGUGAGGUCAUUAUUUAAAUUUGUCGAACUGUCUCUCCCAGGAGGGGGCGGGGGAGAAGGCGAUCACGUGUCCAUAGUUCCAUGCUGGGUGGCCGCUGGAAGUUUGAUGUGCGCGUGCAGUCUAAGCUAUUGUAAUUGAACGAAGUCUGUCGAAAGCGAGAGAUGUCAACCACAGGUGGUGGAGCUCGCAGCGAGACCUGAGAACUGAUUAAUACGUUCCGCGCCUUGUUGGCGAUUGAGUCCGGAGAAUUCUGGAGAUUCAUUUGUCGAAUACUAUGGAGCAGCAGUGGUGUGAACGUCUCGAAUCGCUUGUUGCUUU